ACACCAACGCUUGCGAUGCUUCCUUCUUUUAAAGUGCCCCUUGCCCUGCUGUCUAUUCUUUGGGGCCGAUCUAACCUUCCUCAGAAACAAAGUUAUGGAGCUAGAAUUAGGACUCAAGAUCACGCAAACUCGAGAUGAUAUCAGCUCCACGGCUGAUCUUUGCAUUGCAAAGGGUGGAGGCGGAAUCGUUUUCUUGUCUAGAGAAACCGAUAACAUGUUCAUCCUCACUGCCCAUCUCAAAGGAUACAGAAAAGAGCGCAUUGACAUAAAAAUAAAUGAAGAUGGAACUCGCAUAACAAUUAGUGGAAAUAAGGCUGUGCAGGAGAAGGUAAUGCUCGGGUGGAUCUUGUACAAAAAGGAGGUGGAAUUGAGAGGGUUUCAAAAGGUUUUUAAAAUUCCGGGAGGCGUGGUCUUGGAUAAAAUCAAGGCAAAGUUCGAUGAAGACGGAGCGAUUCUCACAGUUUUCAUGCCCAAAAUGGUUCAGGGAGUUUCCGGGCAUGUAAUUGAGGAAGUUGAGGAACUAGAGGAUGAUAUAGGUUGUACGACAAAGACGGACCGCAAAGAAAUUGAGGAGGAACAUAAGGACAAUGCAACUAAGAAAAUGAAAGAAUUAGAAGAGGAUAAGGAAGGAGGGGUUAAUGGGGGUCAAUUAGAAGCUCAAGUUGCUGCUACUGAUGCUCCAAAAGCCAAACACAAAGAGCCAAUUGAAGAAGACACUGAAAAGCAAAAGUCUGGAGUUAUUGAAGAGCGUCAGAUUAAGCAUCCACGUGAUGGAGUUGAGCAACAAAGGAAAGAAGAAGCGGAAGAAGCUGCUCGAGAAUCUGAGUUACUGCAUACAUCAUCAGCAAGUCAACAAAUGGAAGGUCCAGUUCCAAGGCCACUGCAAAAGGAGGAAACUACAAUGGGGGCUCAGCUAACAAAAUCUGAAGAUAACCAACAACCGGGGAAGGUGGAGACAACGCAAAAUGCAUAUCUUGAUUCUGAACUCGCAGAAGGUGAAAGUCCUAGGCAAGAGGAAACAAGUGACGUAGAGAAUGAGGUUCAGAGCGAAGAUCCCGAGGAUGACAAACAUAGCGAUGUCAGUGAAAACACUGCCUCAGUGGAGAGCAAGCCAAAGAAAGGCAAGAAGAUAUGUGCUCCUGUUGUUGCUGGGUCUGCAUUGCUAGUCUCUCUUAUAGUGCUUGUUAUUCACUGGAUUAGGGCGAAGAGAUGACUAAUUAUAAGCCUCUAGAGAUCUUUCAUGAGAUGAAUAGUUAUAAGCCUCCAUAAAUCUUUCAUCGGCUUAUUUGAUUAUUGAAACUAAUGCAGGAAGUUAAUUCAUGUCACUGACCAGAGUUGGCACAUGCAUAAAACUGUUUCAUGUGACUACUACCUUACCAGGUACUGCAAUAAGGUAGCAAGAUGAAA